GGAGAAGUUGCUUCCUAAGCCUGACUUGUGCCCAGCCCCAAGGGCUGGUGUCCCCGGCGCUGCGCGCCUGUCCACGGGCCUGCGGAGGUGCCCCUGGGCCGCAGUAACGUUAAACCCGCUUUUACACUCUGCCCAGCGCUUGGCCUCGGAUGUCUGGGGGCAAGAUUGGCCAGCCAGGCUGAAGCUGCUCAGCGAUGACAGGGCAAAGGUUUCUGCUUCAUGGGACGCUUGCCUUGUUUCUGCUCAGCAUCCCCUGUGAAGCCCAGGAGCUCCCAGUGGGCAAGGCCACCACCGGUCCCAGUCCUUUGUGUGAGAAAGAGGCCGAGUCCUGGGGAACUUUGUUCAGUGGGGAACGACUGGAUGCUUGGAUCUUUUCUCUGAUUGGCUCAGUUAUGGUGGGGCUGAGUGGAGUCUUCCCCCUGCUGGUAGUUCCCCUUGAGACAGGAGCUGCCCUGCAAUCAGAAGUGGGAUCCAAUCGUUUGAAGCAGCUGUUGAGUUUUGCAAUUGGUGGGCUUCUGGGGAACGUAUUUCUGCACCUCCUCCCUGAGGCUUGGGCCUACACCUGCAGCGCCACUGCAGGAGGUGGGCAGAGCUUGCAGCAGCAGCAGCUUCUUGGCCUCUGGGUGAUCAUUGGCUUCCUGACCUUCCUGGUACUGGAGAAGAUGUUCCUAGAGAGUGAGAAGCAAGAAUGGCCCAGCACGGGCAAUAAUUCCACAGCACCUUCCAGAGGGACUCCAAAUGGAAACAGCUUCUCCCUGCAGAAAGUAGCAGGCAAAGUCCAAAGAGCAAAGACAAACAUGGCUCAGUGUAAUGGCUCCUCUCUCUCAUCUCGCCCACCGGACCGAAGAAUCAAGAUCAGUGGAUACCUUAACCUGUUGGCCAAUACCAUUGAUAACUUCACACAUGGCCUGGCGGUGGCAGCCAGCUUCCUGGUUAGCAGAAAGGUUGGGCUCCUAACCACUAUGGCAAUCCUACUGCACGAAAUCCCACAUGAGGUAGGAGAUUUCGCCAUCCUGCUCCGGGCUGGGUUUGACCGCUGGAGUGCAGCCAAGAUGCAGCUUUCCACAGCUCUGGGGGGAAUUCUAGGAACCUGCUUCGCAAUCUGUUCUCAGUCACCUAAAGGGACAGGGGAAACCAUAGCUUGGAUUCUGCCAUUCACCUCCGGGGGAUUCCUGUACAUUGCCUUGGUAAACGUUGUGCCUGACCUCCUAGAGGAGAAGAAUCCCUGGAACUCCCUGCAGCAGGUCCUUCUCCUGUGCACAGGCAUUACAGUCAUGGUGCUGCUCUCACUCACUACAGAAUGACCUCCACUCAGAUGACCUCAUGCUGCCUCCCAGAGCUGCAUUGACUUUGAGCUGUUACAAAGCAAUAAGGAACACUAAUGUAACUUCCUGUGUGUGCGCUUGUGGGUCCAGCUGCUAGUGAGAGAGGCAGGUGAGAAAAAGAGGGAGUCAUUGGGGAUGCUGGACUCCAUUCCCUGGCUCUUCUAUCCCUGCUCUGUUAAAAUCCCACAAACCAGGGCUUCCAAUGUUGGUGUUUUAUGGAGUGAAAGCUUUUGACGAGCAGAAAUGAACCGAGAACCUGUUCCAAGAACAGACUGUGUCUCACCCUGGAGUAAGAACAAGUGUUGGAACUGCACAUCUUAAGCUGCUGAGUGAAUAGGACAAGAUCCCUUUAUCUGGCAAAGAAGGAUUUACCUGCUAGUCCAGGCCCAGAGAGAAAACAAUUCCCCAAAGCAGCAGCAGCAAACCACCAACAUUCCCCAGUGCAGCCUACCUAGCAGGAGCAAAGGUACUAUCAAAACCACAUAGUUAGAUAGACGUGAGAAGGCCCCUUCCCACUCAGCCCUCAUUUAUCAGUAGAAAAAGGGGAAGGUGUCAGCCUGGACAGUCUGCCUCUCUGAGUUCCUCUGCCUUAGCUUUGAAAUCAGGCCUAAUACUUGAGGCAGGUUGGAACAGGAGGUUAUAUAGCUUAGCCUGAAAGCUUCUGCCUUUAACCUUAACUCCUCUGUUUAGAGAACCUAUCCCCUCCCCUGUUCAAUCAGCCUAGGUUCAUAUUUGAGAAAUGGUCAGCAAAUGUUUCCUGUCAUCCCAGGUCAUCAACUCACCUGUAUCUGGGGGAAACCUGCUCAGUCACUGCCCCCCUCCUAAGGCCUCUCAUCAGCAGGUGGAGAGUGAGCAGGGCUUGGACUCCGGCUGCCACCAGAGGAGGAAUGGAGGAGAGAGAAAACGCUGACUGUAUAUAGAGAAAGGGCAGAGUAGAAAAGAAAACAUCAUGCGUGUGUGAAAGAGAUGGCUAGGGGCAGUGUUUCUCAAGGACCAGUCCAUGAGAUCUCCCUGACACAGUUUAGGAAGGCAGCAAGCCAGUCCCUGGUAACAAAAAGGUUGAGAAACACUGGAAAGGGGAACCUGCUGGUGAGAAGGAUGAAAAGUGAGUCUGAAAUCACUGUGGCUGCAAAGCUGGGAGAAGGAAUCUGAGUGCGACUGUGCCCUUGAGUUUAAGUCAUGUGGUGUCUGGGAUCCCAUUUGAUGGCAGUUUAACCGACUAGUAAAACUAAACCUAAAAAUUCUUGGUUUUGGCUGACGGGGAUUACCAACUCUGACAACCCCACCUCCUCUGGAAUGUCAGAACUCCCUAAACAUAUGCACAAUUGCUUAGGCCUUACCUAUAGAAGAAAAUUGUACCGAUUUGAAUUAAAUCUGUUUAGAACCAAUGUAGUUAGUUUAAUGCUACCUCCUUGUGUGAGGCACAAAAUAAGAGUCCACAACAAGGUGUUCUGAAUCCUUCCUGUUCCAUCAGACAUCACAUAGGAUACAAAUAAGCUCUGGCAUUAACCAGGGGUUGCAUCAAUUUAACUAAAUCUGGCUCUAAAUUGCUUUUGUUAAAUAAAUACAGCUUUCUUGUGUAGCUAGGGCCUUUUUGAAAAGGGCUGGCUCCCGCUGCUGUUCAGGACAUUUAGGGCUCCAGUGAGUGGCCAGGUUGCUUAGGCAGUAACAAGCCAGAAGCGCGGCCUAGAGCAGGUUGUCCUCAUUUCCUUUAGAGCUCUGAAAAUUUUGACUAUUUCCAUGUGAUAGCCUGAGAGCUUCUGCUUGCAACAUUCUCUGCAGAAGGGCCAGUGACUAAAAUCCCUGCAGCUUUCCUUACCUGUCCCUACAUUACCAGCUAGACCUGUUGGAGCCAUGAGGGAGGCUGUUUCAGUACAAUGCUCUGUUUCCCCUGGAAAGUUGCCUUCCCAUGACAGCUGCUUCCUAUAUCAUCCAGCUGCUGUGAGCUCCAAUCAAGCAUUCACUCUCUUCUUUUCAGGCAUCAGAGAUGACCCCUAGCCCUAAAGUACUCAGAGAGGCGACAAGAUACCAAUUCCACCACAGUGUGGCUAGUUUACCUGGGGGUAGGAGCUACAAAACCUCUGAUGUGGGAGCCUGGAAGAAGCAAAUGUAUGUACGCCCAGUAGUUCCCAAGAGUUUGUGUUAGGUGAAAAUCAGGUUGGCAUUUUUUAAGUUGAGGGCCUAGUGCAUUGCAGGGCUUAGUGCCUGGGCCUUGGUGCUAUUGCAUCAGUGCUGGGUUUGGCUAAGAAUGUAAACCACAGCAGGGAUUCUGCUCAGUGUUCAGGAAUGUGCAGUGGGUGACACUGAAGCAUUAAUCACGGAGCUGUGUCUUUUGGCUGGCAGCCCAAGCCUGGACUGAGUCUGCAGUUCCUGAGAAGCUGCACCCACAGGGGCAGCACAGGGCCUUGAAGAGCGAUGAUUAGCUGCUCCACUGCAUGCUGUGGGAGGGAGGUUGUUAGCCACUCCACUACAUUUGUCACUUUUGGAAAUGCAGAAAGAAUCCUAUUUUCUAGCUCUAUUUUUUCAGCUACUCUUGUGCAUUUUCCCAUUCAUCUGUAUUGAUCUGAUCUGCGUGGAGACAAUAGAGAUGAAAUAAAUGGUUCUGAGUGUG